CGCGCCGACUGGUCGUGCGGUUCGAUCACUAGCUACUCCGGAUAGUGCUCUCGGUGUGCUCCUCAUCCUCGCCGUCGCGUAUACAGAGUCCUUCCUGGUGUAUUGGCAAGAGGCUGGCUGGCUGACAGACAGGUCGCUGCUUUCCUCCUCUUGUUGAUGCGCGACGCGUGCUCGUCUGUAUGUGUGCGCUCUUUGGUACCAACCAACAGAAGGAAAAGCUGAUGAUUUGCCAUCACCAGUAGCAGCAGCAGCAGAGUAGAGCAAGAAGAAUAUAGGUAAUUUAUCUCUUUGGGGAAAAUUUUCACUUGUAAAAAUAGUAAGCAAUUUAAAUGAAACUGCUGCAUAUUCGAGUGUCGCAAGUGUGAUCAGUGUUCUGGGUGUGCGAUAAUCAGAUUGUGCUUCGUGUAAUCGAGCUGCCCGGAUUAGUUCAGUUAGUAGCAAAAGGUCUCCAUUGUUGGCGAAUACCUAUAUGUUGUAAUUGCAGCCAGAAAAAAAAACGAAAGGUGAAAGAAGUUUCAGAAGAAACUAAAAAAAAUCUGCUCUGUGGCCGCGAAGUGUUUAAUAUUGUGGCCUCCAAUUCAGCUACAUCGAGCCAAGUUUGUUGGAGGUGAUGCAUCGCUGAAUCGGAAGAGAAAAGUGCUGAAGCAGAUCAACAUAAUAAGCGAAUGCAUAACGUUACUUUUUGGGGGGCCAUAAAUCCGAGGGGAAAGUACAAAGGUGAAUCAAAAUCGUUUCGCUUCAUGGCCAGUGGAAAUACAUAGAAGAAAUCAGGGAGUUACCACUUUUCUCAAAGAAUCUGGUCCAAGGAGGAGUGUCGCCAGAUGUGGGUGUGUGGGGUAUGAGCUUUGGCCGAGUUGUUAGUGUCCCUCCUUUACCAUUAAUCAGGUUUUGUUGACCCGGGAAAAAAAGUGGUUUCCAGACGGCGGUCUUAAUCAAGAUGUGAAUGAUAGACAGUGUAGACACGCCAAGCCCGAAGAUCAAUGGACCAGCAGGGAGAGGUGAAAUUAGCUUGGCAAGAAUUGCAGUACACAGUCUCUCAAUUGAAAAAUAUGCAUAACAAGUGAUAAAUUGUGUAUAGUGCAAGUCGUUGAGUUAGAACGAUAGCCCCGGGGCUGGCCAUUGUGAUACGGUCUACGGUCGAGCGAGUUCGUUCGAAUGAGUACUCUGUGAAUGAAAACCAACAAUCGCGAAGAAAGUGUACCUAAGCAGGAAACGGUAUUUAGGUGGUAAUCAAGUCAAUUCUUGAUUUCCCGGAGGCGUACUCGGCUGAAGGUGGAUUACAGCAAUUCAGCUCGUUAGUUGUAGAGGCUUAUCCCAUGGAACAGACUACAAGGAAUUCGCGAUCUUAGACGGAUUUCUUAAGGAGAUAAAUAAUAUGUGUCGCACUGGCGUAGUCGUUUGUGUCGCUCUGGCCGGGACAGUAGAAGUGCCAGCAGUGAAGGAAGCAUCUGUUAUCAGUCAGGAGCUCGCUGCGGGCAAUUGAACGAACCAUCGACCUAAGCACAAAACAGAGUCUUUCGCCAUGUCCGGUGGUAAGGAUCGACGAUCACGGGCCAGCAAAACCCAGGGCUGGGAGGAAGCCGGUGGGGAGUUCUAUCAGGAGAGCUACCCGGCCGAUUUGGAAGGUAUGCAGCGGGAUCCGUCCAAGAUAGCGACCCUGUUACCCUCGAAGCAGACUAGAAAUGCAACGACCCGACGGGUACGGCCGUCUCAGCAGGACACCAAGGGAACCCGCCGGAGGACCAGCUUUUCUACGGUGGCUCGCCGAGGUUCGCAAUAUCACGAGAUACAGGUGGCCACGAUGCCCGACCUAUCAGAAAACCUUAUAAACGAAGAGCGCACAUGGGAGGAAAUACAGGAAAUCAAAUCGAUGCCGGUCCCGAUGGCCCAAAAACGGGAAAUGAAGGCACAGUUGCAGAAUGCCACCAAGCUGCGGUUGCAGGGUUUCGAACAGAUCAAGUGGCGCCGGCGGAAAGCGUGGCAGAGCAUCCGGGCGAAGUGGGGCGAAUACCGCACCAAACUGGAACUAUGGCGAAUGUCGCUGAAGACGAUCGAGGGCAAUUUCGGGACCGGUGUGGUGGCCUAUUUUCUCUUUCUACGGUGGUUGAUGUUUUUGAACUUGAUCGUGUUUGGGCUGAUAUCGGCGUUCAUCGUGCUGCCGCAUGUGUUACUGCGGGAACCGGCGGAUUUGCCGUGUGAUCAGCAGGAGGAUGGUGUUUCGGUACAGUGCUGUUCCGAGUCGUAUCUGAACGCGACGAAGAGUGCUGAGUUUUCGGUGCUAGAUGUGAUUCAAGGAACGGGUUUCAUGGAGGGAACUCUGCUGUUCUACGGCAUGUACACCAACAUGAUCUAUGGAUACAGUCCGUUGGAGGAUCGGAUGCAGGCAAAGCUGGCCGCUGCCGUGAGUAGCAGAAGCGUAACCGUGGCUCCGACUACUUCGACGAUGAGGACGACGACGACGACUACGGUGGGUAGUACAACAGUUGAAACUACUGUCGGUAGUACUACAAUUAGUAGUACUAGUUUUAGCAGUAGCAGUGUUAGUACAAUGGCUAUGGAAGCUAGCACUACAACCAUUAGUACUGUACUAGGGGAUGUUCGGAGUGGUAAUUUUAGUAGUCUUAACGAUAGCUCAUUUGAAGCCUUCUUCAUGGAAGCGGGGGAAGCGGGAAAUCAAAUCAGUGGAACGGUUCUGUACUACGAUUUUCCACUGGUUUAUGUAAUCAUAACGGCUAUCUGCUACGUGGUGGCACUAAUCGCAAUUAUGAAGGCUGUGGUGCGGCAAUUUACGGAACGUAUUGCCGAGGGUGAGGGACUGUUCUACCAGUACUGUAACCUGGUUUUUGGAGGCUGGGAUUUUUGUAUCCACAAUGAAAAAUCCGCUGAUAUUAAGCAUAAAGCACUGUACAAUGAGAUACGGUCGCUCCUUCAUACGAAGCGUUUUGAGAAUGAGCGCAUUAAUCGCUCGCGAGAUUUUAUGGUUAAGCUAAUAGCGAUAAGAGGUUUAAUAAAUUUAAUAGUGAUUGUGAUACUACUGUUAGCUAUAGUCAUCAUCUAUGCGCUGUUCAACGAAUCGAUGUCCAAGUUGGAUCCCAACUUUCAACCGAAUCACUUUGUCAAUUUUCCACGGGUAUCGUCUUGGCCAUCGUUCUCAUCGUUUGGUUAUUCCUCAACGGCAACCAUUUCGUCGACCAGUUCAACUCCUCUUUUCUAUGCCAUUUCAAAAGAUUCCUCCUCACCUUCGUUAGACGAGACAAGUGAAAUAACGAUUACACUAACCGAUCGAUUAUUGGUUAUGUUUUACGAGUUCCUUCCCUACAUCGCUAUCGUAUGUAUGAAUUUAGUUGUUCCUCUGUUCUUCAACUACCUGGUGCAAUUUGAGAAGUAUUCACCGAUUUUCGUGGUAAAAAUCACGCUCUUCCGUACCGUCUUUCUUCGGCUGUCCUCGUUAGCGGUGCUGCUGAGCAGAUUUUACUUUCUCGUUAAACCAAAAAUUCAUCCAAUGUCGACAACCAACAACAGCACGGAAACGUUUUUCACCAACUUCACGCUAGAAAGUAACAGUACCGAUAGCAAUCAAUGUCACGAUGCGGAACGUGGAACGCCACAAUGCUGGGAAACCUUCGUCGGUCAACAGUUUUACAAACUGUUUAUCGUGGACUUUGUCACUCACUUUCUGGUCACGUUCUUCGUAAACUUCCCAAGGGCGAUGAUCGCUCGGCAUUCGAGCAGUCGGAUCGCCAAGUUCAUCGGCGAGCAAGAGUUUGAGCUUUCGAAGCACGUACUGGAUGUGAUCUAUUCGCAGACCCUAUGCUGGCUGGGUACGUUCUACACGCCCUUCCUGCCGGCAAUCGCUGCGAUUCUUUUCUUUUUCAUGUUCUACAUCAAAAAGUUCGCGUGUCUAGUCAACUCGAAUCCAUCCACGAUAUUGUACCGGGCUUCCCGCUCAAACUCUCUCUUCAUGUCCACCCUGCUUAUCUCCUUCGCCGUUGCCAUCAUUCCAGUAGUGUAUGCGUGGGCCGAAAUCAUUCCAUCUCGUUCUUGUGGCCCUUUCCGGGGGCUGCAUUCCGUCUGGGACCGUGCCAUAAAUGCCUUCAUGAAGUUACCCCAAUUUUUCCAAGCCUUCAUCUUCUUCUUCGGCACCGCUUCGUUUGCCAUUCCCUGCUUUGUGGUGCUAACGUUCUUCAUCUACUACUACUACGCCGUAUCGGCGGCCAAUCGACAUAUGGUAUCGGUGCUCAAACACCAGCUGGUGCUCGAAGGUCACGAUAAGCAGUUUCUGCUCAGUCGGUUGAGUCUGUUCAUCAAACAGCAGCAAGAGUAUCAGAAGCGCAUGAUGCGACAGGCUGCCGAACAGCAGCAGCAGCUGGCCCAACAACAAUCGAACAACAGUGUGGCCAGCUCGCAUGGGUCUUCGCAACUGCCGCCACCACCGCCGUUGGUUGGGCCGAAACCGGUCCAAGAAGUGCAACCUCCACUGCCGCCAAGGGCCGAUCGAGACUCGAAGCCGAGCAGCAGGGAUCGGGACCGUAAGGAUAAUAGCGGUACCGUAGUGGACCUCAAGUAAGGGAUCGAUCCGGCGAAUCGAUUGGGUUUAUUGAGAAAGUAAUACCGGAAAAUUUGGCUGAACCAACGUGUUUGGAAAACACGUUUGAAAGAUCUAUCCUGAAUAUUACCGGAAAAACCAAAAAAUUGUAGUGUGUUCUCCAUCAAAUUGCAUCACGGAAGACAUAGUGUAGAAAAUUCUGCAGAGUUUUUUCUCGGAAAUAUUUGAGUGGAAAUAGUUAAGAGUGUAUUUUUUACACUGAACACUGGCAGUUUUUCGAAAAUUAAAAAAAAAUGUCACUUAAAGAGCAACGUAUAUCGAUUUUGGGCAUAUACUUACCUGAAAGAUCUUCAACUCUGUUAUCGGAUCAUCGUGUAACAUCUCGGGAUCCAAUGAUUUAUUGUGAGUCGUAGCCGUGCGAUGAAGUGUUUGCUACGGAACUAAAGAAGGAUAAAUGCUACACAGCAAAAAAUUUCUAAAAGUAUACGCAAUCUAAAAUACGAGUGAUCUACUUUUUGACCAGUGUAAUUCAAAACUGAUGUAAUUUUACACUCUUUUUUAUCUAUUUUUGAAUCGUUGGUAUAAACUUAAUUUUGUAUGAUGUAUGUUUACACGCCCUGAUCUAAAAAAUAUAUCUCAAUAUAAAAUUACAUCGAAAACAAUGUAAAACACGACAGAUCCAUUGUUUUCCUUUUUUUCGCGGCAUAAAUUGUUCUGUUUUUAUCCGAGAUGGUGGUUUAUUGUGUGAAAAGAAAAAAAAAUCGCUUCCGCUGUUAAUUUUGUAUUAAAACCGAACCAAAUUCUUUCAGAAUUGAAUUAAAAAAUGGUAGGUUAUAGUUUUAGACGAAAUGAAAAAAAUGGAACUUCAAAUUCUCUUUCGAUUGCAGGAAUUGCAGUUUUAUAAAAUGGAUCAAAGGCCGAAUCAAUGUUGAAUGUUUCUGAUGUUUAGGGAAUUCCGAUUACUAUGCUGUUCCGGAAGGAUUCAAGAAUGCCUAAAGCUGAUCGACAAAACAUCGCCCUGCUGGGGAUCAUCGGACACAACCACAAUUCCAGCUGCCAGUGAUGGUGGAUGUUUUUUGAGUUUGCAGUGUAUCGGAAAUAUAUGUUAAAUAUAAUGACACAUGUGGCGUAUUUAUUCAUAAACAACACCCAACAUCUGAUUAUUUAAAAAAGAUUUGAAAUAUUAACGGUAAUAUGUUUUGAAAUUUACAUCAUUGUGUAUUUUUACACGACGGUUUAUGUCAUCCGUUUUCGUGCAUUGUUUUCGAUCUAAAUUUACACGCCUCAAAAAUUACAUUGUUGAGAAAAAUACACCGUGGUAGAAUUUUAUAUCAAAAUCGAUGUUCCGUUUUCGUGCAUCGUUUUCGAUCUAAAUUUACACGAUUUUUUCUUGCUGUGUAUAAGAAUAGAUGUCCUAUAAAAGUGAUCAGGAUUUUUUGGUCAGGGAUGUGGCCCUAAAAUUGAAUCAGUUCAGUUAAAUCUAUGAGAAAGUUACAGAUGGUAAAGAAACCAUUGAGGAUGAGAAUUAUGUACGUCCAAAGCUGACUUUCAGCAGCUUCCUGGGCAGGUAGCAGAGACUACCGAGUUUGCCCGGAAAAACAAAAUUUAGAAAGCGAUCUGCCUAUGGUGAAAAACAGCGUCUUUGUAAGCGUCUGCUUUCUUUGUUGUGUUACUUUUCUUCGAUACCCAAGGACAUGGAACUUCCCAACGUACCGAAACUAAGGCAGAUCAAUGAUGCAGAUGAUGCAAUUUAAUGUGAAGCAUCCUUCACUUUGCCAUUUAAUAGAAAUGGUCACCCUUUCUGAUGUUCAGGAUAUACACGGCGGAAAUUUAGGCUCAAGAAACUCAAUCGAUUGUCUUGGAAAUAUCGAUGUAUCUUCCAACAAAUGAUCGACACUUCGCAUUUUAUUCGUGUGUUUUUGCAACAAAAACUCCUCCUAAACAGACUGUUUAACCAUGAGAUUAGUUAGCUAGACAUCGUCGACUUCGCCACUGAGAAGUUUACUUCCUAUGUGGCUUUUUCUGUUUUUUUAAAUCACAGAAGGUCAAUGGUCCCAAUUCAUCAAAGACAAAACCAUUUGAAUGGAAACUUCCAAACCGGAAAUCCGUUUGGUUUUUUUCUUUCAAUUUUAUAAGACCACAAGUGAGGUGAUAAAUAAUUUGAUAAGCUCGUGCUUCAUCUCUCUCUGUGACGACAGACGAUCUUCGACUUGGUUCGUGAUAUUUUAAUUAAAUUCACCCUACUCUUGGUAUAAAUCACUUUAAGUAGGAAAUGGUAUCUUUAAAAAAUAAAACGAAAAUAAUAAAACAAUACAAAACCCACGUGAUAUUAUAUUCCACCUUUUUUCCUGUGCCCGUUAAACAAAAAGGUGUGCGCGUGUUUGUUAGUUAUAUUUAUUUUAAUCUCAAUUCGAUAUGUAAGUAGCUGAACAAAAAUUUAAUGUUUAAGGAAUAAGAAAAAAAAACAAUCGAUUGAAAGACCAUGAAUGAUUUAAGCAACAACAAAAACCAAAUCAGGUAAUAAAAUUAACUUUAUACAUACAAUAUACAGAUACAUUGAAUAUUGCAACAAGUAAUGCAACGGAAAGGCCAAUCUAAUAGCUCAAUUUUUAAAUUCUGCACAGUUUUUGAUGAUGGGAAAUGCAGUAAAGGCUAAAUAAAUAGCAAAUAUGGUUAGUAACGAAAAAAAAAAUACACACACAGGAAUGAGACUGCCAUUUUGAGCUAGAUGUAGAAAAAUGUAAUGUAAAUUAUUCUAUGAAGUUGAUCAGGCGAUCCAAAUUUACUGUAUCAUAAAACAAGGCUAGGAUAUUUAAAAAAAACUAUCCUCAAGCAGUUUCCUAUCCUUAAUUCAGAACACCUUCAACUAGGAUUGGUUGAAAUCAUGGUAAGAAAACUAAUUGUCGAUAAAAUCGGUGAAAAAGGUUUUUUUUUUAUUUCUACACUCAGUUGGAAUGGACAAAAAACUCCAAUACCAUCUACAAAGGUACAGACAUUUGUCAAUCGUCAUUGGGUGGUUAGUUACGGAUAAUUCUUGAUCUCGUUCUUCUGCGAAGUGAAAGUUUCAUUUUUCCUAGUGAAAAUUGUACAUAAUGUAUCUUUAUGAUGAUUGUUAGGAUCAAAGUGAUAAACAAAUGCAUCAACGAUCAUCACAGUUCAUGGUUUAUUAUUGAACCCAUGCCCUCACUCAACAAUUCCUCAAAUGGUCAUCGUCCACAAAAAGGAAAAUUUACGUGCACAAAAUAUCUCCCAUACUCAGCCAUAAUUUUACUCCUCCAAUCAUUGAGACAUCAUACUCUUUGUGUCUAUAUCAUAUACCAUUUCUAAUUAAAUUUUACAAACUAGGAAAUUGUCGUGAGCCAAACUUACUACAGCUUUCACCUCGGAACCAUUUUUGAUCGGAUUCAUUUAACCCAUAUUUGUAAUUUGUAAAAUAGUUGAAUCGAAAGAAAGUAAAAGAAAGUAAUUUUAUACAUAAACAUCUAGUGCUAGUCCCAAAAACUCAUCAGCUUGUGUAACUUCUCAAUGUUUUGUAAAAUAUAUUGCUCCAAACUACACAUUUAAAUUAAUCGAACAAAUGGAAAUCGAAAGCAUCAAUGAACUACAAACCAUACCAAGUAUGUGAAAUUUUAAUUUACGUAACAAGUUUUUUAAAUUAUGUCAAAAACCACAUUAAAAAAAUCUUAAAAUCCGAAUGGUUGUAAGAAAAGUGCAAGUUUUCUUUUUGGAAAUCCGAAAUAUGUGCAAAUGAAAUUUACACAAGCUUAAAGAAUAAAAACAAACCCCUUAAACUAUUAGAUUCCGAUAAUGCUCCAUUUAUAGUUCAAUUGUAAGAGGUAUCAUAAAGUACGUACAUACACAUACGCUCACUAUAGAAUCUAUCUUUUAACCGUAAUUCGAUCAACCGAUCAAAGCAAAAAAAAAUAGAACAAAUAUUAUUAUCAAAAUAGAAAGGAUUUCGUAAGCACAAAACACACAUCAUCAACAAGCCCCCGGAUCGAACUGCGCGCAAUUUUGUAACAACUGAUCACAGUGCGCAAAAGAUUAUAACAAAAAUAAAUGAAAUGAAAAUAAACCUAAACUAAUUAAACACACUUCGAGAGGCGUGCGUGCACGUCAAGUGGAAAAAUGUCAAAACCGACAGGUUCUAAAUCUUGAUACCACACACAGGAAAAAUAAAAUUAAAGUCGAAAAUAAAUCUUUGUAUAU